AUGAAACAUCGCGACAACAACGCAAUGGGUAAAUCUAAGAAAAGAAAGCACGAAGACUCGGACGCAAUCACGCUCGUCGGCCCGCAUUCACAUAAGGAGUCCGGGCACAAGAAAUCAAAGAAGGAGAAAGCCAGCAAGACUUCCAAGGAAGUCAAGGAGGUCAAGCAGCACAAACCCAAGGAUGCAGAACCCCCAGCCCCCAAAGCUGUAGCACUUCCAUCCCCUCGUCGUACUCCCACAGCUGUUGCGUCCUCACAGACCGGUGGAUCAUCCAAUGAAACAGUUGCCGAACAGUUCGACAACUUUCGCCGUACACUUAAAACCCUCCUUUCCACCAAAUCCGAUAUCCCAGAGCUCCGCGGCGCCCUUGGCGACCGCAAAUCCAACUUCCUUGCCGCGCUUCGCACAAUGAAGACCUCCGGUGACCUCCCAUGGCUGUCCUCGCCAUCUACCAGCGACCUCUCUAGUCACUCCGACAGCGGCUCUUCCGACAGCGACUCCGACGGCGAAAAAGAGGCCGACAAUGACAGCUCCCCACCCCCCAAGGCACUCCCCAAGGCACUGCCCAAAACGCCCUCUCUCUCACUCGGCCGUCCCGCCACCCUCUCAGCACCCACUCUCAACUGGCCCCCGCCUCUUCCGGAGGUUAAGAACCACAAACUCCGCCAGCAAGCCUUCACACAUAAGUCCUUCAUCAAAGGUGAAGAAGUCUCUAUCCCAGGCACUGAGAACCGACACUAUGAGCGCCUCGAGUUCCUAGGCGAUUCCUACUUGCAGUCCAUCGCCUCCCAUAUCCUCUACGACUAUUUCCCCACCCACCGCGAAGGUUCGCUCUCUGAAAUGCGGCAGUCACUUGUCGCGAACAGGCCGCUCAGUACCUACGCGACGCUUUACAAAUUCCACUUGCGCAUCCGCGAGGGCAAAGGUCAGGAAAACACUUCUCCAGUGAUGCUCCCGAGUGCGCUGCCCAGUACAUCUUCAGGGCCAGAGUCGCCAGAGUCGGAGCCACUGGAUAAGGAGAAGGAGAAAGCCCCGACAGAAACAAACAAAACGCUUGCGGACUGUUUCGAGGCUUAUAUUGCGGCACUUGUGUUGGAUGACCCGGUGCAUGGCGUGCAGACUGCUAGGGAGUGGUUGGAGAAACUGUAUGCCCCGAAGUUGGCCGAGUUUGCGAAGCAGUACAACAUCGCUCCCAUUGAUAAGAUGGCGAAGCAGACGCUGAACACAAUUGCGGGAGAGAGGUUGAUCGGGAGAGGCUGGGCAACUAAUAAGAAUGAUGCCGCCCUCCGUGCCGCAAUGAACGUGAUCGCCGAUAAAGAAUUCUGCGAUGAAAUGGCCCGAGUCCGCCUUGCCGUGCUUGGCCCCAAACCGCCAACAACAAACCCGCGCAUACGAAAAAACCCAAGCACGAGUACACCCACCCCACCACCAGCAGCCAUCCCUUCUUCCUCCUCGGGUCCCCCGCAACGUGUCAAGCACACAAAGAGGCCCGUUGCGCGUAACGCGGACGAGCUCAAUUACGACGAUUAA